AUGCCUGGCGUAGAACUUGAAUUGAAAUUCACUCGUCUGACCGAAAAUGCGUUUGCUCCAACGAAAGGUUCUGAAAAAGCUGCUGGUUAUGAUUUGAAGAGCGCUUACAAUUAUACAGUACCGGCACGCGGUAAGGAAUUAGUGAAGACAGAUUUACAGAUUGAACUUCCUUCUGGGUGUUACGGUAGAGUAGCGCCUCGAUCUGGACUGGCUGUGAAAAAUUUCAUCGAUGUGGGAGCUGGUGUCAUUGAUGAAGAUUACAGAGGGAAUGUAGGUGUAGUCAUCUUCAAUCAUUCGGACCAAGAAUUUGUAAUUAACAAAGGUGAUAGGAUUGCCCAAUUGAUUUGUGAAAGGAUUUACUAUCCAGUUCUCAAAGAAGUAACUAAUUUGUCUGAAACCAAUAGGGCCGAUGGAGGAUUUGGAUCUACAGGGAAAUGA